UUUAAUUUUUCCCUUUUAGAAUCGAGAAAUUCUCAUUUGUAAUAAUUAGGGGCAUGUAAGCUUAAAUCUUUGUGAUUUUGGUUUUGUUUCCUUUGUUAUUAUAUGAUAUCAGAAUCUUCUUGCAUUACUUUAGGUAAUUAGGUUAUACUUAUUUUGUUUCAAAAGAGUUCAGCUUUUGAUACUGAUGAUAGCUUCGAAUUGUUAAAAUAAAACUUUUUUAUUUGGCCACGAAUUCUACUGCAAAAAUAAUCUGAGGCUGGAGCCGAAGAAGAAAAAGAUAAUCUAUGGGGGAAGACGCAGGAAGAGGUUUGGAAUGCCAGAAGAUUAUGGAUGGGAAGGAGAAUAAUAGGAGUGGUUCAGAGAAGGCUAUCCCUUCUUGUUGCUUGAAGGCUAGGGCUUCAGCCCCUGAACUUGAGGCAAAAUGCCAUUCUACCGUUGUUUCUGGGUGGUUCUCAGAAUCUAAGUCUUCCUCUGAUAAGGCUGGGAAAAAGACCUACUUCAACAAUCCUAUGUGGCCUGGAGAAGCACAUUCUCUAAAAGUUGAAAGCAUUUUAUUCAAGGCAAAGUCAGAUUAUCAAGAGGUCCUUGUUUUUGAGUCAUCAACCUAUGGGAAAGUGCUUGUUCUUGAUGGUAUAGUUCAGCUGACUGAGAAAGAUGAAUGUGCAUAUCAGGAGAUGAUAGCUCAUCUUCCCCUUUGUUCAAUUCCAUCUCCUAAAACUGUUCUGGUUGUUGGCGGUGGUGAUGGUGGGGUUCUUAGGGAGAUUUCUAGGCACAGCUCUGUUGAGCACAUUGAUAUAUGUGAAAUAGAUAGCAUGGUUAUAGAUGUUUCCAAGAAGUUCUUUCCUGAAUUAGCUGUUGGAUUUGAGGACCCUCGUGUUCAUCUUUAUGUCGGUGAUGCUGUUGAGUUUCUUCGUCAUGUUCCAAAAGGGAAAUAUGAUGCAAUCAUUGUUGAUUCCUCAGAUCCUGUAGGUCCUGCUCGAGAGCUUGUAGAGAAACCAUUUUUUGAGAACAUAUCCAGAGCAUUAAGGCCUGGUGGUGUCCUCUGUAACAUGGCAGAGAGUAUGUGGCUUCAUACACAUCUAAUCAAUGAUAUGAUCUCUAUUUGCCGUGAAACAUUCAAGGGUUCUGUUCAUUAUGCAUGGGCAAGCGUUCCAACUUAUCCAAGUGGUGUGAUUGGUUUUCUGAUGUGCUCCACGGAGGGGCCACCCGUUGAUUUUUUGAAUCCCAUAAACCCCAUUGAGAAGCUGGACGGAGCUUACCAUCAUAAGAGAGAACUUAGAUUUUACAACUCUGAGAUGCACAAGGCGGCUUUUGCAUUGCCUUCAUUCCUCAAGAGGGAGGUUAGGCUACUUUGUGAUUCUGCAGCCCAGGCACGAGGAAUAUGUGUCUCCUAAGCAAAUAUGUAGCAAUCUCAAUUGUUAUUUAGCAUUUCUGAUAGGCUGAAAUUACUGCCGUUUGGGAAAUAGACGUUAAAUAAAUGUUCUCCACAUGUAGGUGCAGCUGGAGCCAUUUUAGCAUGUAUUACGGUUUUAUUUUAAUGAAUACUUGCGUAGAACUUAUCCUAUGAUUGUUAUGGAGCACUUACCGUGUUUGCUUGA